GUUGAUAUUUUGAAUACAACACGUGAAUCAGUUACGGUAGUUAGUAACCGAAAUUCCCCCCAACAAAACGGAUCGGGUUUUCUUCUACCUGCUAUAGGUGAAAUAGUCCCGUGACGUAGCCAACAUCAGAUGAGUAUGUGAGAUAUUCUUUGGGCAUUGUGUCUGAAUAUCUCAGCUCUGACACAUCAGAAAGUCAUCGUGAACAUUUAGGGUUCCUGUGAGGACAAACCCCAAUGCCUGGACGUCAUAGAGAACCCAGCAUGUCAUCCACAGAUUCGCACGUGUACCUGACUGUCGAUAGUGAACACAACUACGAGCAUCUGGAAUCCCGCAGACGACUCCCAGCUCGGCCCGUCGUACGUAGGAAGGUCAGCGUUAGACCGCUCGUCAUCAUCUGUAUCCUCAUCAGUGUCCUAGCCAUCUCCCUGUCUAUUUUCGUCCUCAUCAGAGAUCUCUUUGUGGAAAGUGACCACAGCGACCGUGAAAAAUGGUGUGUUCCCUGCGCAUCCAUUGUCACAACACCGGUUCCGGAAGAAGAUCCGAACGUAAAGACGCUGGAGGUGUACCAUAAAAAAGGACGGGCUUUCUGUUGUGCCAGAACGUCUGGGCAAUUCCUUACCAUAAUCAGUAUGAUAUACGACAGACGAACCAAGCAGCUACAAGCGGAAGAGGAUAGGCUGAGACAGGUUGCAGAACCCCGCUUUCAAUCGUCGGUUGGCAGUGUCUCCGCGGCACAUCUUCUUACGGGCCUACAGAAACGUCAUCGACUUCCACGUCACCAUGGUACUCGGCAGACACACGUGAACUCGUGGAUGAAGGAUGAGCCCCUGUCGUACUUCCGCGGUGUGGAUCUGCAGCACGACCGACUGAUCAUCACCAACAGCGGUCUCUAUUACGUCUAUAGCCAGAUCUACUUCAAGAUCCUUACCGGCAACGGCGUCAAGCUGCCCAAGCUGCUGGGGCACCAGGUCCACCGCUACAGCGUGAGCGGCCCCAACGACGGCAAGGAGAAACUACUGCAGACGGUGCACACGUGCGCGGAGAGGACCAACAGGGACAUCUACAUCCACACCAGCUACGUCGGGGGCAUCUUCCAGCUCAAUCGGAACGACCAGCUUUACGUCACUGUCUCCAACGCCUCCCUUAUAGAUCGCGACCCCAGGCUGAGCUUUUUUGGCAUCUUCAAACUUGGUAAUUGAAGUCAUAUAAGGAAGGUCUUUAGCAUUUAGAGGAGAGGAGAGUAAGAUAUUAAUGGCACCUGUGUUCGUAAAUUUCAGUACCUAUUCCAUCGAUAACCUUAAAACUGACCACACUGUGCCACGGCGUCUAGAGGUGUGUGCUGUUUCAUAUAGGUGCCAUUAAUACCAGAAAGACGAGCAACCCCCCCCCCCCCAAAAAAAAAAAAAAAACCCAAAACAAAACAACAACAACAACCCCACAACAACAAAAAAACCAAACCAAAAAAAAAAAACCCCCAAAAAACAAAAACAAAAACAAAACAACAACAACCCCAGAUGAAAUGUUUGGAAAUAUCUACGGUACGUGUAUAUACAGUAUAGAUUGUGCACGUAACAAACAUUAUUGCCCAUAUGGUUAAAAAUAUCUUUGUACAUAUCAAAGUGAUACGUCCCACGAAAACGCUAUAACAAUGGCUGUCAUUUUGAACUUUUAAGUGAUGGUAAUAGUUCUUAUUUGGAGACAAACGAAAACCUGCAAAGUCCAGAAAACUGACAGUAUCAUAUAACAGUUUGAAAGUUUACCCCAAAUACCAUAUGGGAACUGACCCAGAACCAUUUACUGACACUACGUCAGUGACGUUGGUGGAUUGUAUAUUGUUGAAGAGAUAUCAUUUUCAUAUGUGGCCUACUACACUGCUAAUACAGUUUAUUGUAUAAAAUAGUAGAAAACACUUGUAGCAAAGCAUAAAUACUGCUCGGUAAUUUUUUGGUUUUUAAACUAAACAGAACAAGGAAUGCACUAUCCCCGCCUUCUAAAAAAGACACUACAAAAUAAAUGUAGACUAUAUAUUUAACAACGACGUAGUGGAUAAACAGGUAACACAUUUAUAUAACAAUUGAUUGACGAAGCUAGAUGUAUUAUACGUUUCCACAUUAGGCCAUCUACUUUACAUCUUGUAUUGAACAUGAUCAUACACCAUGGUAUUCAUUUUCAGUAACUUGCAUAUUCCGGAAUUUAUACAUCGAUAUUCAGAAGGUAUUUCAUUACAUCUAUUCACUGUGUGGUCUAGCGAGACUCGAGUCCGUUCUCAUGACUCGAGUAUCCGUGCAAGGAAUAUGAUAGGAUAACAUAUUAAUGUGCCUAUAUCCUUAUUACCCCCCUGCGAGUGCUGCAACCUCACCGUGGUGCAGGGGUGCAACAUUCUCUUUGAGAAUGGCCAAUACAGCACAAAAUAAAUAUUUAGAAUAAAAUUCAGUUUCACAAAGAAAUUGCAAAAAAAGUCCAGAAUUGAUUCUAAUUGUGGAUGGAUGAAUGAAAAAAUGAAUGGAUGAAUGGAUGAAUGCACACAUGAAUGGAUGCUGUCGACAUAUCGGUAGGGAAAAUACAUAGAAAACUGAGUGUUUUUAAAGAAAACAGCAUAUGGCUGUUUAAAUAAUAAUAAAAUAUAUCACAGAUGUGGUAUCAUAAAACUUAGUUGGAUAUCCAAUUAUCCAUCAAGGGCGAUUCAAAAUGAAUUUGUACCAUGUCAUGCACAAAUCAAUGACGAUAGCAUACACUCGGCCGUGUGUUAUUGUUUUGUUGGCACCGCUGUUACAUCAUAUUGACAACCGUGGAAUCGAUUUUUUAUGACGCUUCGUAAAAUAGGAUCCUGGUCGUAUGUUUAAAGAAUGACCAAAAAUGUAUAGACACGCUUCAAAAUUAAAACUACAUGUACUUUUAAAUAUUCAAUAUACAACUUACAUGUAUUUUUAUAUAUAAUUUUUACGGGUUAGUAUAAAUUAAAAACUUAAAAUGAAUGAAUAUGUAUAGAGGAUUCGUCACGAGUGUUUUUAAUAUGGAACGAUGGAACAGUCUUAUGUUAAUCGGUAUUUAUCGAGGUUCUGUGCAUAUUCAUGUCUUGUUUAAUUAAUAAUUGACCGCAAUUAUUUUUUGGUUCAUGGAAGUAUGAACCGAAAAAACGAUUUGCACACUGUAUGAUCCCGCGUAGUGGGUCAUACAAAAGUGUGCACAUCGAAUAAAAAGAAGCACCUCCAGGGGUAGAAAAUUAUUUUAUAAAUGUACUUGUCCUCGGGCAAGUAAAAACUAUAAAUGUACUUGCCCUGAAUUAUACAAUACUUGCCCAGAUUUUUUAUGUGAUGAAUGUUGAAUUUUUAAGUGAAUAACAAGAAACUUUUCUGAUUUUUAUUUGUUUACUUUAAUCCACUGGUUUUGUUGAAGUUUCUGGUCCACCUUCAGCCGUAUCAGAUUCUAAAGACAGGAUAUGGCGUGUACCCUGGGCACUUUGAAUCCGGCUAGGCCAUUCCCUUAUAGCAACUCUAGGGAAGAAAUCUCUCAGUGUCUUGGGUCCAUGUGUCAUUACUGUCAGUUUUUUCAAAUGUCUCUUGGUUUAGAACAGUCCUGUGGUUUGUCUUGACUAAGUUCAUAUUGGAGAACGUUCUCUCGCAUAUAGCUGUGCACGGGCUCAUUACGAACAUCAGCUCAACUAAUUUGCAGAUUUUUUUGCAUUAACGCUCGGGAAUUUACAGCAAACCGAACAUGUCAUGACGUUAGCUUCGUGAUCGUAAAUGACCCACGGAAAUUGUUCCUUCCAACUCGGUACGAAUUUACGUUUCCGAUUUUUGUCAUCAUUUUUUUUUAUUCUUUGCUAAUAUUGUCUCAUUUACCAAGGUCCUUUUCUUUUUUCAAUCGAUUUGGUUUUCUGCGUCAUGAUAAAAAUUAAUUUUUACAAGGGAGACUACUCUAACAUUAUUGAUAAGCGGUUGCACAUAACUAAUUAAAACAUGUUAUCGAUCGUUCGUUGUUUUGUUGAGUAAGUUAUUCACUUUACUAGUUAACAGUAUUUUAAGACAUAAAUAUAGGCGAGCCACAGAACUUUUCCUAGCUUAAGGUAAGUAUUUAUUAAAAAAAAAAAAAAUUAACAAAAAUUCCUUACUUGCCCACGGGCAAGCUGGCGUACCAAUAUUUGUUGCCCGACCAUGAGAUAGUACUGUACACGGGAGUCGGGCAAUGGUAUUUUUCCACCCCUGACCUCUGGACCAAUCGGAUUGCCGUAAAGUGUAUAGACGCAAAGAAAAUUUAAUUAUUUAUUUUUGAAGUGAUUUUGUGCAUUUUUGUUCAUUAUAUGCAGUGUAAUAAAUAAAAUACUAAACUCGUGUGUUUUUAAUCGUAUAAUAAUCAGUUUUGUUCAUUAAAAAGGUUUAUUUUUU